AUGAAUCUGAAUCUGAUCUUCGUCAACAAACCCAACGCUCAGCUGACAGCAGCGAGUCUGGACCUGCCGUUCUCUGCGUUUGCUCCCAGAAGUUUGGAGGCAGAAGAACAUGACCACAUGGUGCAGCCCCCGGACUCCCCCUCAGCCUCCUCUCCCCUCCAGGGCAGUCUACACUCUCAGGGCUCUGAAAGCUCCGGGCCGCAGGACGACUUCGUCAUGGUCGACUUUAGCUCCAAGACGAAAGUGGACACGAUUGUUACGUCCAAAACGAGAGAAGGAGAAGAGAGGAGGAGAAGAGAGGAGGGGAAGAGAGGAGGGGAAGAGAGGAGGAGAAGAGAGGAGAAGAGGAGGAGAGAGGAGGAGAAGAGAGGAGGAGAGGAGGAGAAGAGAGGAGGAGAAGAAGAGAGAAGAAGAGAGGAGGAGAAGAGAGGAGGAGAAGAGAGGAGGAGAAGAGGAGGAGAAGAGAGGAGAAGAGAGGAGGAGAACAGAGGAGGAGAAGAGAGGAGGGGAAGAGAGGAGGGGAAGAAGAGAGAAGAAGAGAGGAGGGGAAGGGAGGAGGAGAAGAGAGGAGGGGAAGGGAGGAGGAGAAGAGAGGAGGGGAAGGGAGGAGGAGAAGAGAGGAGAAGAGAGGAGAAGAGAGGAGGAGAACAGAGGAGGAGAAGAGAGGAGGAAGAGAGGAGGGGAAGAAGAGAGAAGAAGAGAGGAGGGGAAGGGAGGAGGAGAAGAGAGGAGGGGAAGAGAGGAGGGGAAGGGGAGGAGAAGAGAGGAGGGGAAGAAGAGAGGAGAAGAGAGGAGGGGAAGGGAGGAGGAGAAGAGAGGAGGGGAAGAAGAGGAGAAGGGAGGAGGGGAAGAGAGAGGAGGAGAAGAAGAGAGAAGAAGAGAGGAGGGGAAGAGAGGAGGGGAAGAAGAGAGAAGAAGAGAGGAGGGGAAGAAGAGAGGAGAAGAGAGGAGGGGAAGGGAGGAGGAGAAGAGAGGAGGGGAAGAAGAGGAGAAGGGAGGAGGGGAAGAGAGGAGGAGAAGAAGAGAGAAGAAGAGAGGAGGAGAAGGGAGGAGGGGAAGAAGAGGAGGGGAAGAAGAGAGAAGAAGAGAGGAGGGGAAGAGGAGGAGGGGAAGAAGAGAGAAGAAGAGAGGAGGGGGAAGAAGAGAGGAGAAGAGAGGAGGGGAAGGGAGGAGGAGAAGAGAGGAGGGGAAGAAGAGGAGAAGGGAGGAGGGGAAGAGAGGAGGAGAAGAAGAGAGAAGAAGAGAGGAGGAGAAGGGAGGAGGGGAAGAGAGGAGGAGAAGAAGAGAGAAGAAGAGAGGAGGGGAAGGGAGGAGGAGAAGAGAGGAGGAGAAGAGAGGAGGGGAAGGGAGGAGGAGAAGAGAGGAGGAGAAGAGAGGAGGGGUUAA